UUCAGCUCUGUGUUGGUGGUCAAUCCGCGGUGCGUAAAACGCGCGCUCAGGGGUGGAGACUUCUUUGGAGAGGCAGGACCAGAGAGCACGACAGGGCGACUCUGUGCAGCCACAGGUUGCCGCGCGGCUCUUUCCUCUCCUCUGAGCAUCUUGGCAGCCCAGACCCGACAGGUGCAGCCGGUGGAGACGGACUGAGAAGUCGUUAGAAGACGCGUUUGGCUUUGACUUAGACGCUCCUGAGCAAAAUGCCAAAUCCACAGCCUUGGAACAACUCGAUCUCAACCUGCCUGGAUAACAAUUUCUUUGCGUCGCGCAGGACUUUCUUGUCGUAAAAAUACCUCCCGAGGACUGCGCGUUUUAUUCGAGCCCACCAUGCCACAGGUCCCUCACUGCAGCCGCACCACAGCAACAUAAUGGCAUGUAGGAGCGGCUGCUGCUGCGGCUCCGGUCCAAUAAACGAGGAUAACGCGAGGUUCCUGCUGCUGGCUUUGUUCAUCAUCAUCUAUCUGCUGUGCGGGGCCGCAGUGUUCUCUGCGCUGGAGCAGCCGAAGGAGCGGGAGGCGAAGGAGCGCUGGGCGCAGAGGUUUGAGCAUUUCAGCCAGAAGUACAACCUGAGUAAGAAGGACCUCAGCAACUUCCUCAGGAACUACGAGGAGGCGAACGUGGCCGGGAUCCGGGUGGACACGAUCAGACCUCGAUGGGACUUCACCGGCGCGUUUUACUUCGUGGGAACUGUGGUGUCAACCAUUGGGUUUGGGAUGACCACUCCUGCCACCAUUGGAGGGAAAGUCUUCCUGAUGUUCUACGGCCUGCUGGGCUGCGCGGCCACCAUCCUCUUCUUCAACCUCUUUCUGGAACGUGUCAUCACCGUCAUCGCUGUCGUCCUCAAGUCCUGUCACGAGCGACGCCAUCACAAAGCUGUAUUCCCACCAAAUGGCCGGCGAGUGUCUGAGGGGAACAGAGCAGGCGGAGCGGGGGGGAGUGGAGGAGGGAAAGGAGAGGAUCUGGCCGGCUGGAAGCCUUCGGUCUACUGCGUCAUGCUCAUAUUAGGAGCAGCAGCCAUCUUGGUGUCCUGCUGCGCCUCACUCAUGUACUCGGCAGCCGAGGGCUGGGGCUACCUGGACUCACUCUACUUCUGCUUUGUGGCCUUCAGUACCAUCGGUUUUGGAGACAUGGUGAGCAGCCAGCGGGUUGUCUACGAGGGCCACGCCACAGCUGCAUAUCGAGUGGGCAACUUCUUCUUCAUCCUGACUGGUGUCUGUUGCAUCUACUCCCUUUUCAACGUCAUCUCCAUCGUCAUCAAGCAGGUCCUCAACUGGCUGCUGAGGAGGCUGGAGGCCCCCUGCCGCUGCUGUUUCCCCAGGAGGGGUCACCACCCGCACCGGCACCCUCGACGGAACGUGGUGGCCCCGGGCCACCUGCGUGCCCGCAGGGACCCCUCCAUCGAGACAGACGCCAUCAACGAGAGCGAGACUGACACUGGGCGCAGGAUGUCUGGGGAGAUGAUCUCCAUGAGGGACUUCCUGGCAGCAAACAAGGUGAAUCUGGCUAUUAUGCAGAAGCAGCUUUCAGAGAUGGCCAUUGGGCACCCGCGCCAGUCCGGCUCCAGUUCACGUCAGAACGGGUUUUCGGGAGGGGUGGGCGCCCUUGGCAUCAUGAACAAUAGGCUGGCAGAGACGAGCGUGGACAGAUAGGGGGAAACAGCAUGAAUCCUUUAAAAAGGACACAGAAAGCUGAGAAGAUGAGACAAGUAAAGACAAACUGACUCUGAGGACUGGCUUCAUGGAGGAAAAGAAGAUUUAGGUGGUUCACGAGACUGAAUUCAUGACUGCGUAAUUCAUCCUCUCCGAGCUGACCCCCCGGCAGCUGCCAUCUCAGCCCCUUUACCGUCGAGAACAUGGCUACAUGAAUGAUGCAUGAUAGAUUGCUAGAGUCUCACAUCUGGACCAGGCUCAGUGUGCCGGAAUGUUCUUCCUGUGAGGAGUUCAGUUUCCAUGGUGAUAAAAAAGCCUGCCUAGAGCCCUUGUAUCUAAGCCUUAAAAACAUGAUGCACUAUAUGCCACUUCACACCUAACCACAACUUCCACUCAUCUGUAGUACUUUACAAUCCUCACUAUGAUUCUGCCCACAUCCAAACUGUGUCCGACAUAAAAAUAGCUUUAAUAAAAUGGGUGUUUCUCGGUUUCAUGUCUAACAGCAGUUAUUACAUAAAGCGCUGUGUCAGGUAGAAACAAUUCAAAGAUAAAUGGAUGUUUACCUUUAAUGCAUAAUACAUGAUUUUCCAAUUAGGCAAUCAAUGGCAGCCUCAUUCACACCAUUCAUGACUUAGACAAUAAUUUCACAGCCAUAUCAUAAACCAUUCAAUAGCUCCCAUCUUGGCACUGCUUUCAUUCAUUAUCACGACAAAUAGAAGACAAACAAAAAAAAACCCCAAAGGCCUCAUUACAAAACAAACAGGCCUAUCCGGAGCUGAAUGGAUGGUGUUCAGAGUCUGAGAUGAAACCUUUUAUGUGAGACUGCUGUUUACUUUGGCGUUUGCUGCACAAUAUCCGAGCACAAGCUCAGACACAAGGACAUUUUCACACCCUGAUGUUGCCCAGGCCUGUAGGUGUUUGGUAUCGAUAUAAAUGCAGUGAAUCAAGUCGUUCCAGGGCUUAUUAUUUGAUUUAUAUGUUUUUCUUGCUGUGUGGAUUCAAGUGCAUUAAACAAAAAGGACAAAAGACAGAGAUUGCUCUUAACCUGCCUGCCGAGCAACUGACUUCAGUGAAGCCUGCAAGCAGCCAAGCUGGAGGAGGACUUGUGGACACUAUAUAUGAGUGUAUAGGCAUCUUCAUUCUCUUUGUAAAUGUAUCUGAGAGGAAAUAAUAGGAUGAGAAUCCUCCAGGCUACACACAUGACGUCAGCAGCUGAGCUUUGGUAUAUUUGCAUUAUGAAUGUCUGAUAUCCAGAGGACAGGAGCAGAGAGACAACUGUCUCUGGUGUAAAACGACAACCUGGCAAACCUACAGAGACAAAAUAUGUUCUAAUAUUUUUCAGGGUUGUUGUGAUUUUUUAGGAUGAUUUCCAAUGGUUGUAAGAAUAUUAUAUCUGUGAGUCAUCUGUUGCAAAAAUCGUUUUCAGUUCACAGCACAAACUGAGAAGAAGGAGGUGAGAUCCAAAUGGCACUCAGCAUUAAUAAAACAUAUGCAGAGUGAAUAAUGUAUUUG